UGUGGUGUGUCUCAGAAGCUCAAAUUUCUCGUUUGGAUCAGAAUGAAUGAGCUAUCACUCAUCAGAUGAGAAGUUCAUCCUACAGACAUUCACCUGGCAGUCUCCUGGUAAACUGCUGUUGUCUUUUGGUAUUCAUUUCCUUAAAGAGCAGCCUAAAAAUAUGCAUUUAGAGGUCAAAUAAACAGUGAAAUUUGUUUUAUGUCCUUAAAAUUGUAUUUUUUGUGUGUUUUUGCACUAGAUCUGGCCUAUAGGCUUAAUUUUGCUUUUUUAUUUUAUUUUUUAAAUACAGACAACAGGGUGUAGAGGUUAUCUUAUUGAUUCAGCUUACAACACCAAGACCCACCCAUUCUCCCCUCCUCUGUCUGCCUCUUUUGUUGUGGUUUCUGCCGAUGGUUUGGCCCACAAAGCCGGUCAUUGCUGGCCACGCUGCCAUAGCAACCAGGAAAUGCUCACCACCGUCAGUGGAGUAGUGUCCUUGUGAGUGUAUGUGUGCGACAGGGAAUAGAGAGGAGUAGAACGUGGUGAGUGGGAGUCCAGACAGACCACAACAACAGAAGGGACUGAUUUCUACCUUUGGCUUUUCCUGCAGCUCCUCUGCUUCAUCCUCCACCAGGCUUGUGAGUGACGGAGCAGCGUUUGUGCUGAACGUGUUGGCUCGAUCAGAAAUCAUGUGCUCGUGUUAAUGUGUGAUCCCAGAGAGGGCGAUGUGUGUAUCUGGAGUGUGAAAAAUGUAAAUGCAACUCUUAGAUUUAGUCAGUUAGACUACAUGUGUGGGGAGAUCUGUGUGAUGGGUGGGUGUGUGCGCUGAAAAACACUUUUUACAUUUCUGUGUGUGGACAGUAGCAGCUGGCACGGAGAUGGCUGCCAGCACUGCAGCUACAUCUCUCCUACCUCCGGUCAAGAGCGUGGUGGUGUACAGGAAUGGAGACCCCUUCUACACCGGACGGAGGUUCGUGGUCAACCAGCGUCAGGUGGCCACUAUGGAGGCCUUUCUGAAUGAAGUGACCCACAACAUCGGGGCUCCUCUCGCUGUCCGGACUCUGUACACCCCCAGGCAGGGCCACAGGGUCACUGACCUCCAGGACCUGCGGACAGGAGCUCAGUAUGUUGCUGCUGGCUUUGAGAGGUUCAAGAAAUUGGAUUACCUGAAUGCAGGAGCAAAAAAGCAGCCUGCAACUCGUGACGAGACCCAGGCAAAAGUCAUCCAGAGGCCGAACGUUUCAGCCAAAUGGAGGAAGUUUAUACCUGUACCCUGCAUUAUACAUGUUUUCCGUAAUGGAGAUCUCCUGUGUCCACCAUUCCGAUUCAUCAUUCCUCGGAGCAUGCAGCAGGACCUGGAGCAGAUCCUGAGUCUGAUCACGGAGAAGGUCAGCUUACGGACCGGAGCGGUGCGCAGGUUGUGCUCUUUGGAAGGCGUGACUGUGUCCUCAGCUGGGGAGCUGGAGACUGGCCACUGCUACGUUGCCGUGGGAACCGAGAGGUUCAAGAAACUUCCAUAUGUGGAGCUGCUGGUUUCAAAAGCAACAGAGAGAUAUUAUCCUGGAAAGAGGAGGCUGUUGAGGAGAGCUGAGAACAGGAAAGCAGGCAGCGGUCCAGAAGACCAGUACAGUGACUCAGCUCUCCUCGACUCCCCAGAGUCAGAUGGUCGGAGGGUGAAGUCGACGGGAGAUGAAGUUGCAGCUCCACAAGCCUCGCAGCAGAAGAUCAGGAGAGACGGAGCAGACGAGAACUCGGCGUUCUUCGCCAGGCCGGUCAAGAUCCGCAAGAACAGAAUGCAGACGAGGCCGCCUCUCAGUAACGGAUCUGUUCAGCCCAGCAUCUUCAAAAGAGCAGGACGGAAAAGGAGAGAGGAGGUCAGAGGAGCCGAGGAGGUGCAGGAAGAUGAAAACACAGCCACAGAGCUCCCUGUUGAUCAGAGGGUUGCAGAAAUAGUGGAAGAUGAGGAACUGAACAGAACAGAUGAUGCUCUGCACAGCACACAGCAGAGACAUGCACAAAUUAUAAAGAGCGAGCAGCACAGCGACCAAGAACACCCACACAAGUACAACGAAAAGCAGGCAUUGCCAUCUGAACAAGAGCAGGAGUCCACUGCUGAAAUACGGGAACCUGAGCUGGAACAAACGUCCUUAGAGCCGAGGCCUUCAUCAUCCACCUCUCAGGGAAAAAGCAGCCAAGAUAAGAGCCCACAGGAUCCUCCCUCAGUUGCAGCCGAAGAAAACCAUAAUCAGAAGGACGUCACAGCAUCCUAACAGCAGACAACCGAGUGAUUCCUGCUUGUACAAAUGAACGUUUGAUUCAGCUGAUUCAGUGUUUAAUGAGCCAAGUAACAAAAUUAAUUUAUGUUUUCUUCUAGAACAAUAUCAAAGUAAAAAAUGUGAAUAUUCUCGGCACCAAAAAUGAGGAAAAAACACUCCAAGAGAUGCAUACGGUAUCAUAAACUUUACUGCACCUCAUACAAACACAUUCCGGAUGUCUGAAGCCUCCUAAAAAUGCAGCUUAUUGUACAUGUUCAUAUUGUGUUGAUCCUGUUUUAAAGGGAUUAUUCUAAUACUGAUCUCUGUACAUGUGACAUGGUGCAUUCUAUUCCAUUAGUCCACAUGCAGUAUGUAAAUAAGAAAGCAUACUUUUGGAAAAUCUUAGGCCUAGGUAUUUGAUUUGUAUAAAAAUGUGAUGAGAACAUAACGUCAUGUUGCCAACAUUUUAAUAAGGAAAUAUCAGCGACAACACAGGAAUAGAUACAAUGACAAGUCGUCUGUACAGCGUCUUGUAUCAUUUAAAUACUGUGACAAUAAAAUAUAUAUUACUAUGUACAA